AUGCCGCCGUUCAGUGGAAAGAAGAAGAAGGAGCAGCUGCAGGCAAAGCGGCAGCGCAAGCGGGAUGAGGAGGACCGCUCAAAGAUGCGCGACCGAGAGCGGGAGAAGCUGCGCGAGGAGCUCAUGGAGUGCGGCGAGGAUGCUUCCGAAGCCGUCCUCGAUGCUCUCCUGCGCGAACGAGCGGAUCUGCAGCACCCAGCGCGUGGACGCCGCGCGCGGCAGCGCGAAGAAGAGAGCACCGCUGCGCAUCGAAAAGCUGUCAGCGGUGACAGCGAGGACGACGAAUCUGGCAGCAGUGCAUCAUCGGAUGACUCGGACCGCGAAGGCGGAGACAAGUUGCGGCGUAGCGCACCGCCGACCAUGAUGUACAGCGCAGACCGUCAGCAUGGGGUGCGCAGCAUCUUCGUCAAGGAAUCUGCCGCCGUCAUUGCCGCUCGCAAGCAGCUGAGCUAUCAGCCGAUUCCGUGCCGCACAACGAUGCCGCCAACAGGCAUUCCGUUCGGAGAGUGGUUCACCUUUCCAUCCUCUGCGUCCGCAGCCGCGGCUGUGGUGUCGGCAGGCGCGAACUCCAAGCGUGGCGGUGCUUGGGACGGCGGGGAUGGUGCGCCCAUGUGCGUGGAGGACAAGCUCGCCCUCAUCGCGGCGGAGCAGCAGCGCCGCAUGGAGCGCCCGUUGGUGGCGUCUGCCGGAGACGCGCUCGGCGGCGUGAGUAGCAGCACAUUCUUCCCGUUCGCGGUGGAACUUCCCUCGCGAGGCUGGCACCUCGAAGCGGAAGGCAGUGCAGUUGUGGCCGAUGCAAGCAUAGUCAUGGCCGGCGCGGGUGGUGCUUCAACCCAACCGCAGUCAGACCGGCCGAGAGAGGCAACUCCUCAAGCCGCUGGAGGCGACUCCGCCACCCCGGCGUCAGAAGACGGGCAAGAGGGGGUGGCGUGCGCGUGUCGUCGCAGCUCUAGUCACAAGGAGGCAAGUGGAGCAGACAGCAACGACGUCGACGCUUCCGCAGCUCACACAGGCACCGCUGCCGCGAAGGCCCACAAUCAAGGCGACGCGCAGUACAUCAGAAGCGUUGAGAAGAAGCGGUUUGCUCUCUACACGGACUGCGUGGAUGCUUACCCCUUGCCCGCGGCGUUCGUGGGCCUGGAGGUGAGCUCCUACGAACGGAACAUGGAGGUGUGGCAGCAGCUCUGGCGCACCGUCGAGCUGAGUGACAUCCUUGUCGUCGUGGCCGAUGCACGGUACCCCAUCAUACACGCCCACCUCGGUCUGCUCACCUACAUAACAAAGUCGCAGCGCAAGCCGUGCGUGUUUGUGCUGAACAAGGAAGACCUCGUACCAGCCUCCACGCUCCGGUGCUGGCAGCGGUUCCUGUAUCACUACUUGGAUGACUUGGGCUUCUCUGUGGAGCCGCCAGAUGCAGCGGGGCAACCGGGAGAGACGGAUACCAAGUGGUGCAACAGCAAAGGCUUUGCUCAAGGAGGCUCCGCUAGUGGACGCAUUGUACUGCGCACCUUCACCGCUAACCCGCGUCCUGAAACGGCAGGCCAACGCGACGGUGAUGUGGACGUGACGCGGCGGCAGAAGAAUCGGAAGAAGGCGAAUGAGGUCAUGUACGAGAAGCUGCGCACUGGCCGGCUAAACGUGGCGAAGCGCCAUGGCGGUGGUCAGCGCGGCGCAGCAGGUGACAACGGUGACAACGAGAGCGAAGAGGAUGACGAGUUCCGUUACGGCGCCACGGAGAUGUUUGUGGGAAUACAUGCCGCUCAGCACGCGCUUCAACAGGACCGCCGCGCCUACAAGGAGCUCGAAGUGGUAGCUGGCAAAAUCACCGAGCUGUUGGCGACAUGUCGCCGCUUGGGCACCGCCGCGCGUGCCACGGCGCAGGGAGUGGAUACUGCACCGGUGGAACGGUCCAAUGCGCCCCCGUCGUCAUCACCGGCGUACGCGACGUCGUCGCUGCCGUGUGCGGCACACAAGCACAAGAAAGCGCAGAAGAGAAGUGCGGCUCGUUGUGGCGGAAGAGGGGGCGGUGGCAUGGGCGGCGCUCUAGCUGGUGACGACUCCGGAAGCGAGAGCAGCGACGACGCUAUGGAGGACCGGGCGCCAGACAGCCCCUCGUACCUUCACGUAGGCUUUAUCGGCCACCCCAACGUGGGCAAAUCAUCCCUGCUCAACUGCAUCCGCGGCACGAAGGUGGUCUCGGUGAGUGCCACGCCAGGCCACACGAAGCAUAUGCAGACAAUCCCAGUGCCGAACGAGCACUUGACGUUGGUGGAUAGCCCCGGCCUGGCCCUCCCCGUCUUCGGCGUGCCGCGUCCGCUGCAGGCCGUCCUCGGGACUCACCAGAUCGCCCAGACACGCGACCCGCAGACGAGCAUCGGCUUCCUGGCAGCGUACCUGCCAAUCGAGAAGGCGUACGGACUGCAGCGGCCCGAGGAUGCGCUCCCGGAGGUUGGCUGGAGUUCUUUCGAGCUGUGUGAGGCCUACGCAAAGAAACGUGGCCUCUUCGUGAAGCAUGGAAAGGGUGCCCUCGACGUCCACCGUGCGGCCAUUGCCCUUCUUCAGGAGGCCUACGAGGGGCGGCUCGCCAUCUUCUAUGCACCACCAGAGCUGAACCUUCUGCAGUCCGCGUGGUAUCGCGAGCGCAUUCGCCCGCACCUCCUGUUGCCGGUGUUCGAAUCCGCUCCCUUCGCUAGUACGUAG